AUGAAAACUCUGUUGUUUUUAUUGUGUAUUUCAGUGUGUUCAGCAACCGCUGUGCCGUUAAAAAAUGCGGAAAUCAACUAUCCACGUUUUAUCAAAUAUUCAGAUUACGACGGUGUUAUGCACACCUUGGAUUUAGAGGAGCAACCAGAUACUACAUUAUUAGAAGAUAUCUAUAGAAACCCUGACAAUAACCGAUACCUUCUUUAUACGAGAGACAAUCCUCUGGUAUCUCAGACGCUCGGGUUUAAUAAUACCAAUAGUAUAAUUUUAUCAAAAUUCGACGCCAGGAAACCAAUUGUUGUCAUUGUUCACGGAUGGUUAAGUGAUAAACACGCUAAUUCAAAUAUAGCUCUCACUGAGGUAUUCCUUCGUAAAAGUAAUGUCAAUGUAAUUGUUAUGGAAUGGAGAAGACUCGCUUCAUCCAAUUAUGUAACUGCUACCGCUGGAGUGCCUGCGGUGGGUCGUAGACUAGGAGAGUUCUUAAAAUUCCUCCAUAGUGUUACAGGGGCACCCUAUGAAACUAUGCACCUUAUUGGCUUUAGUUUGGGCGCCCAUGUAGUUGGUAACUCCGGUAGACAACUUGGUGGCAAAGUUGCACGCGUUACAGGUUUGGAUCCAGCAGGGCCUUUAUGGAAUCUCAAUCGAGAUCGUCUUAGAUCAUCUGAUGGCAUUUAUGUUGAAGCUAUUCAUACUGACGGAGGAGUUCUUGGGCUAGGAAUUGGAUCAGCGGUAGCUGAUGCUGACUUCUUCCCCAAUGGCGGCAACUCUCAGCCUGGUUGCUUAACAAGUUUUUGUAAUCACGAACGUGCAUGGCAGUUAUUUGCUUCGAGCGUGACUUAUAACCAUUUCUUAGGUAGAGAGUGCUCAAACAUGCUUCAGGUGUCUUUAAACAGCUGCCGUGGUAAAAUUUUAAAUAUGGGCAAUGAUGAUUUGAGGAAGAAAGGCACGGGAUUAUACAGACUUAAUACGCAAAGAAGCUAUCCUUACUAA